AUGAGUAAUCGAAAGAAUUACGAUGGUGAUAUAUACCUAAGAUCUAGAAGUAUUUCUGAGCCUGAAAUUUCAUUUGAUAAAUCAGCAAUCUGUACAAAUCGAUUUAAGCCAAAGCAUUUUCCAUUCGAGUAUAUUCCUGUUGAUGAUCUGCAUUACUAUCGAAGGAGAAAGCCAUGUAAUUGCAAGAAGAGUGUAGUAUCUGUUUUAUUCGUACUUAACAAUUCACUUGCAUGCUCUAAUUCACUCUCAUUAUCAUUCUAUUCUUUGAUUGACUGCAAUAAUAAUCGAAGUGAACCGCUCCUUAAUAGAAAAAGUAAUAGUACAGAGUACAGUCGAGAAUAUACUGAAAAGACGCUUAUAGGAAAAUUACCUCCAAUAAAUCGACCCUCAAAUUUAAAAGUUGAUGCAUAUCCAUUUUUAACUGGACUUUAUAGAUCAGAUACGUCCUUGAAUCAUUUAAACUACAGCACAGAAUAUGACACAAACUUCCAUUCACGUCCUUAUUCACCAAGAAUAGGUCUGAUAAGAAGGCCUACAAAUAUUAAAUUGAAUGCUGGUAUUAUGGACAUUCGUUCCGAACAGAAAUCUCAAUUUCGUGCAUAUCCUGAUCAUGUGAUAAGUUGUGCUCGUCCGCCUAUGAUAAAGAAGCCUAACAAUUUACAUUUAAUUGGAAAUAUUGAACUCUUUCCUGAAUAUCGAAGUAAAUACAUCCCAUAUUCUGUGGACAGUAUUAAUCGCUCUAAUAAGAUACCUUGUUAUCACUCAAAACACGAGAAACGAAAGUCUAAGGAAGUAAAAGUUGAUUGCGAAAGGAAAGAUAUUGUUGAAAGGAGACAACAGGAAGAACAAAUUAUGGAAGACUCGAGGCAAGUGAAGGAAGCGAAAAUCCUUAAUAAUAAUUAUGGAGUGAGUUGCUCGAACCGUUACCAUGAAAAACUUGAUUAUGAAAAUAACAACUACGUUCCGGAGUAUCGUUCGAAAUAUAGGGCAGUGAUAGGAGAGAAAAGUGCACUAAUUCCUCAACAAAGUCAUUUUGAAAAGUACACUAAUGGAUAUAAUCCAGUAUCUGAAUAUAAUAAUCGAUACAAAAGUUAUGAUCAAUUCAUUAAAAGUGCUCCAAUUAAGAAGCAGGAUAACUUGUACCUUAAAGGAGACACUCAAAUGAGACCAGAAUAUAACGAUCGUUAUAAAGAAAUUGACAUGAAGUCAUAUAGUCGACAGCAGUCGAUUAAACAACAAGAUAAUUUACAUUCAAAUGGACAGUAUCCUUUACAAGUGCCUGAAUAUAGUGAAAAAUAUAAAAGCUAUGAUUCGAGUACCAUGCCUGAACGUUCUAAAGGACGUGAAGAUUAUUUGUGCCUUAAUGGUAAUAUGGAUUAUGAUCCAGAAUAUCGAAACAACUAUGUAGAAUUUCCAAGACAACGACCCAUUGUGAAAAAACCAGCAACGCAUAUACAAUUAUCGUCGAAUGAACGCCAAGAAAGAAAGCCUGAUAAUUUAAAUUUGCCAAUUAAUGUUCCUCCAAUUAGUCAGAUUAAUUCUGUCAAGAAAACUUCCAGAAAUGCAAGCUUCGAUAGCGAUGAAAUUCCAAUAGAAUCUACACCCGAGUAUAGGAAAGCAAUGAGAAAUUAUAUGAUUAAGGAGCGUUCGCCAUCAAGAGGACCAUCGCCGGAAGCAAUUCAGAAAGAAAAAGAGAAGGAGAAGAAGGCAAAAGAAAAAGUCGACCAUAAUAAUGUCACAAAAAUACUCACGGAAAAUAAAGUUAAUGUUCCGGAAGAGAAAAUGUUUGAUGCAAAUAAUGAAGUAAUCGUUGAGCAGAUUAAACCACCUUCAAAUUUCAAAAUUCCUACACGUUCACCGACAAACUUGACAUUAGGUCGCGGUGCGAGCUAUCCGAUUCAAAAGGAAAAGUUCAGUGAACAUUUGUCAGUGUCAAGGAAACCACGUAAAAAUUAUGAUGUGUCAUUUGACGAGGACAAUGGAAUUGGACGACCAAGGAUGCAGACUGUCGAUUUUAUUGAUUCUGACAUUGAAAACAAUAAUAUGGCAGCACAACAACAACAACAACAGCAGCAGCAGCAGCAGAGAUAUCGAGCGGAAGAGAAGGUUGAAAAUUAUCAACGUCCUCAAUAUCCAAGGAGAAGUCCAAAAUUUGGACGGAGAGCAGCAUUGCCGAAAGAGGAUUAUCAAAUAAGAAAGAAAACUAAUGUGAUUGAAGGAAAUACAACAUACUCACGAGACUAUUGUCCAAAUAAACAUGAACAACGUUCUUACCAUUUAACGCCUUCCAAUGCAAUUCAAUUUGCUCAAGCUCCUGCUGAUUCACUUGCUAACAAUUAUCGUCCAAACUAUGAGAUUGAUAAACAGCAAAGCUACAGAGAAAGUCUUGGAAAUAAUGAACCAUUUGUUGUAUUGGAUCGACAGCUUGCUAAUAAAGUCAAACAAAGUUCAUGGAUGAAGAAGCAAUGGUAUGACACUAAUUGA